AAAAUUUCUCUCCCACCCGCUCAGUAUGUCUUCAAGAAAGCAUCCAUCUGUUAACCCCGGGAGUGGCGAGAAAGAUAUAAAAAACAGCAGGAAUAGAGAGAAUAACCAGCACGCCAGUACCGGCCUUCUCAACCUCCAAUUGAGUUACGCCUUGUCCGCUUUCAUCUUCCUCUCACUGUGGCUCCUCCUCCUCCACCGCUUCGCACUCCCAAAAGCCAUUCUUCAAUACAUUAAGAUCGACAGAAAACUCACCACCCAAAAGCCCACAGUUCCCCCCACCUGCGUUGACGCAAACCUCUCCCUGUUCGUCUACGAUCUCCCGCCGGAGUUCAACCUCGGACUCCUCAAGGACUGCCGCCACCUUAACAUGUUCAGGGACAUGUGCCCUCACGUAGCAAACCGCGGCCUCGGCCAGCCCCUCUCCGGCGCCAGCUGGUUCGCCACCAAUCAGUUCACCGCCGAGAUGAUCUUCCACGCACGCGCCGAGAACCAUCCGUGCCGCACGCGCGAUCCCAGUCGGGCCAACCUCUUCUACGUACCCUUCUACGGAGGACUCUACGUCUCCAGCAAGUUCCGUGAGACCAACGUCACGGCACGCGACGCUCUGGUGAUGAUGCUGGCGGAGUAUCUAGAGGCUGAGCCCUGGUGGCAGCGCCGCCACGGGAUGGACCACUUCGUCGUCCUCGGGAGGACUGCUUGGGACUUCAUGAGGGAGAUAGAGGUUAAAAGUGGGGCCGACUACGGCGCCAGCUGCCUUCUGAAAUUGCCACGUGUCAAGAACAUGUCAGCUCUGAUCGUGGAAAGACACCCCUGGCAGGGCUCAAAUCAGCACGGUGUUCCGUAUCCCUCCUACUUUCAUCCCUUCACGUCAGGCGAAAUGCUUGCGUGGCAAAACAAGGUGAGGCUGCAGAGUCGGCCCCACCUGUUCUCCUUCGUUGGGGCCCCGAGGAUCGGCCUCAAGAGGGCCGCCCUCAGGAACGAGGUCAUAAGACAAUGCGACGAAUCAAGUCGGUGCAACCUCGUGAAAUGUGGAUCCGGAACGAGUAGUUGCCACGAGCCGAUGGAGGUGAUGAAAGUGAUGAUGGGGUCGGAGUUUUGUCUGCAAGUGAUCGGGGACUCGUUCACUCGGCGAUCGACGUUCGACUCGGUGCUCGCGGGGUGCAUACCCGUGUUCUUCUCGCCCCACACAGCGUAUUCUCAGUACACAUGGUUCCUCCCUGCGGAUUCAGGCUUGUACUCGGUUUACAUAGAAGCCGGGGCGAAUGGGAGCUUGAGCAGGAGGAGGAUAGAGGAGGAGCUGGUGAAGAUUUCGGCGGAUACUAAAAAAAGAAUGAGGAAUGCGGUGGUGGAGCUGAUCCCAAGUCUCACCUACGCGCACCCAAAUGCCACGGGCUUCGCCUUGCCGGAUGCUGUAGAUGUUGCCCUCGCCGCAUUGUCCAAGCACGUACACACUAAAUUACAACAUAUGGCCGUCUGAAGAGACGCUGUUUGGCUGGCGACUCUAAAAAGGACCCUUUUUUUUUUAUUUUUUAUUUUUGCAUAAAUGAUUUUAUUUUCCCAAUUUAUGUGGCGUAUAUUAUUGAAAGAAAAUGUGAAUUUUUUCAUUAUUGUUAAUUUAUUUAUUUCAUACAAACGUGUAAAUUUACAAAUUAAUUAAGUGUAAUUUUUAAAAAAUUAAUAUAAAAAGUUAAAAAAA